AUGAAUCCCGAGCCAAGCCUGAAAGUGAUCAUAGUUGGCGCAGGCAUCGGCGGCCUGACCUGCGCCAUUGGAUGCCGAAGAGAGGGUUUUGAGGUGGUGGUUCUCGAGAGAGCCAGCAGGAUCAUAGCAAUGGGCGCGGGCAUUCAGGUGCCGCCCAACGGCACAAAAGUGGCGCGACAGCUCGGGUUUCUGGACAAGCUACACCGGGUGGCAGACAUAGUCGACGCGGUGGAACUCCGCCAGUUCGAGGACGGUAAGAGGCUAUGCGAGCUCACCGAAGCACAGUGUCGAAGGAAUUACGGCGAUCCUUGGAUGGUGGCGCAUAGGGCCGAUUUCCACAACGUGUUGUGGCAGACGUGCCAAGAGCUGGGGGUGAGCCUCAACUUGAGCAUGGAGGUAGAGAGCAUCGACUUUGAGAAUGAUACUGUGUACAUGGAGGAUGGAGAUGAGAUUAGCGGUGAUCUCAUCAUCGGCGCCGAUGGACCCCUGUCUGUAUGCCGCGAUCAAUUCCUUGGGAAGGCUUCGCCUCUGAUCGAGACGGGCGACGCGGCAUAUAGAGCAGUGCUCCCAAUUGAGCACCUCAGGGCCCUGAAUGACCCUCAAAUCAACGAUCUCUGCACGCACAACAAGAUCUUGACGUGGCUGGGACCAGGUCAACACACUAUAUUUUACCCCGUCAGAGGCGGACGAGAGAUCAAUCUCAUCUUGAUCCGGCAAAAAUACAAGGAGCCCGAGCACUCGUAUAUUGAGGGCGACGUGGGAGAGAUGAGAGACUUUUACAACGGAUGGGAUGAGACACUGCAGAAGAUCGUAUCUUUGGCACCCCGAGUUCAAAAGUGGAUGAUCCGCACACCGCCCAAGGUAGAUCUAAAAAGCAAACAUCAUUUUGUUCUCCUCGGCGACGCUUUUCACUCGAACCUCCCCUACCAAGCACAAGGCGCAGCCAUGGCUAUGGAGGACGGCGCCUUCCUCGCCAAGCUACUCGGCUUAGCGAAAGAACACGUACAAGGCAAAUCUGCGAGAGAGAAAGAAACUGUUUCGGGACACUCUCAGAAAGACAUGAGAGAUGAGUCCGUAAGGGAAAGCGAGCUCAAGAAGCUGGUCCCCGCCGUGCUUCAAGCGUACGGAGUGUCCAGAGGGACCCGAGCAUCUGACGCACUACGCGGCGAGGGUAGCACGGAGCCUCUUCGAAAAUGGUUCCAUGUGCCCAAAGGACUCGAGCAAGAGGCCCGAGAUGCCGAGUUGGCAGGUUAUGACUUCGAUGACGAGUCGUCGCACAAAGCAUGGCGAUUGCAUUGCGAUUCGGUACUUGGGUAUGACGCACUUCACGAAGCUACUCAGGUGGCCAAGACCGACUUGAAAAUCGGAUGA